AUGGGCUACUGGAUGAGUGGGGAGGUCCCGAGAGCAUAAAGGAGAUGCUGCCAGUGGCAGAUCUUGUCUUCUUGUGCUGCCAGCAAACCACCGAAACGAUUGGCAUGGUCGACACCAGCUUUCUUGCAGCAAUGAAAAAGUCGGCCAUUCUCAUCAACGUGGCAAGAGGGGGGCUCCUGCACUACCCCGCCAUUAACCAAGCGCUCGAAUCUGCUUCACUAGCUGGCCUUGGGAUUGACGUGGCGUGGCAAGAACCCAUCGACCCCUCAGAGCCCCUUUUGAAGCACCCUGGCGUUAUAGUCACACCGCAUAUUGCGGGCGUCACCGAGGUGUCGUACCGACGAAUGGCAGAG